AUGACGUUGGUUGUUGCCCGGUUGUUCUUCCAAGCUCCAAAGACACCAAACCAACCUGCCCUCCUCGUCCUCGUCACCUCCAUCCACAUUCAACCUCCACCCCACAUCAUCAUCGCCAUCAUCGCCAUCACGUCACCAACCUCAAUCAAGCAUAGCCAAGCUUUUUCGUCAGCUCGUAAGCGUCGUGCAAGCGGCCGCAGGCAACCAGCUGCCUCAGCUCGCAGAAAGCCAGUCUCGAAGAAGAAAGUUGACACCGAGCCUACCGAGGACCUUGAUAUUCUUUCUGAGUCCGAAAUCGAAAUCAAUCCUGACAAACAAACCUCCAAGUCAUCAACCAUCAAGACACCUCGUCGUCGACUUGCUGCUUCAACCGAAGACGAUACUCGAGAAGAAGACGAACCUUCCCCACACGGAGAUCCUGUCAAGAAAGAGUCACCCAUCGCUCUAACGACUCCUCACCCUAGAUACUUCCUUCGUGGCAGAGGUGGACCUCAAUUGACUCCUGUUGUGUUGAAAGCACCAAAACCUGUAUUCAAAAAUCCCGAACUAGAACACGAGGACGAGCAAAUCGAAGAUUCUGAAGACGAAGAAGAUAUAGAAGACCUCGAAGACGAGGAGAUUGAAGAUUUUGAAGACAAACAGAUUGAAGGCCUUGAAGACGAGCAAAUUGAAGACCUUGAAGACGAGGAGAUCGAGCACCUCACCACCAUAUCAACCAAUUUCACAGAAAAAUUCGGUGAUUUACUCGGCAUCGCGGUUACGAUAGCGUCGGAAUCCGAACCCGAGUUUCAUCCUACCGAGCCAGGGAAGAAGGACGAGUCUACCCUGGCCGCUGAGAAAGUAGUUAUGGAGAAGUUUCUCCGUGAAUGGCGUCAAGACGCGGUCAAUAAACACCAAUACGACUCAGCAAUUUUCAUAGAUGACCCCAACGACGCUUUCUUCUUGGCUCAGAUUCAUUUCUCCACUGGCCAAUAUACCCGAGCCCAGGCCUUUCUUGAUGGCACUGGUUUGAUUCAAAAAUCCGCACCAUGCAAAUAUCUCUACGCUCUCUCUCAGAUCAAACAGAACAAAUACGAAGAAGCGCUCCAGACACUUGGUGAUGAGAGCCCCAUCGUCUCGAACCCUCAUAAUCUUAGGAAGCGUGGGACAUCUCGAGCUAAUGAGGAGAAAUAUGAAGCUGCCAUGUGUUAUCUUCGUGGGGUGAUUUACACGAAGCAAGGUGCCUACGACAAAGCUAAGGAAGCUUACAAAACUGCUGUCAAGAUUGACGUCAGGUGCUUUGAAGCCUUCGACACACUGAUGCGCAACAACCUCCUCAGCCCCGAGGAGGAAUGGGAAUUCAUUUCAGAGAUCGACUUUGACUCGAUGGCUGCCAGCGUCGGUGGAGCACAGGGAGAAGCCACAACUCAAUUCUUGAAAGCAUUGUACACCACUCGACUGAGCAAGUAUAGAAACAGCUCGAAAUUCGAUGAUGCCAUCGCGUUGCUUUCAACUCAGUAUCCGCUCGCAGACAACCACGAUAUUGUUCUCGCCAAGGCCGAGCUACUCUACACCCAGUGCCGCUUUGAAGAAUCGCUCAAGCUUGUCAAGGAACUUCUGGUGAAGGACAAAUACAACUUCAAACUCUACCCGGUCUACAUAGCAUGUCUUUUCGAAUUGGGAAAGAAGAAUGAGUUGUUCCUCAUGUCUCAUGACCUUGCUGACAACCAUCGCGAAGAACCUGUUACUUAUGUCGCUAUUGGUGCAUACUACAUGCUUAUCGAUCGAUUGGCUGAAGCUCGUAGGUUCUUUUCCAAGGCCUCUGUCAUGGACCCUUCGUUUGGACCAGCAUGGAUUGGGUUCGCCCAUACUUUCGCCGCCGAGGGAGAACACGAUCAAGCGAUUUCUGCGUAUUCUGCCGCCGCUAAGCUAUUCCAGGGGACCCAUCUCCCUCAGAUGUUUCUUGGGAUGCAACAUCUUCAGCUCAACAAUAUCACGCUCGCGGAUGAAUACCUUCAGAUUGCUUGGGGCCUUUGCAAGACCGACCCCUUGCUCAUGAACGAGCUUGGCGUUGUCUUCUACCACAAUGAGCAUCUCCACGAAGCCGUCAAGAUGUUCCUGAACGGGAUCAAGCUCGCCGACGAGAUCGGAGGCGAUCCAAAGACAUACGUCCAGUUCCGCACGAAUUUGGGACAUGCCUACCGACGGCUUGGAAGGUAUGGUGAAGCCAUCGAAGAGUUCACCCAUGCGAUCCGGAUCGGUGGAAACGAGGCCAACAUCCGCUGCUCGAUGGGCCUCUGCUGUCUGAUGGAGGGCAAAACGAGGGAUGCCAUCGGGCAUCUCCACGAGGCGCUCUCCCUCGUCCCACAGGAUCCCGUUGCGACGGAGCUUCUAGAGCAAGCUCUGUUGAAGUCGGCCGACGAGCCUUUCGAGCCGACAUACUACCUCCCAGAUGGCAGUGCCAUCGUCCCUACCGACAGGGACUUUGACAAGUUGCUUGGGGAGGACAAGAUCCAGCGGUCGUUGCCCAGCGACCCUGGUUCGUCGGCGCAAGCCAAUUCUGGGCGUAUCGCCGGGACUGUCCGGCGAGGAAGGGUUGGGGGUGCUCGGGGGUCCCGCCGGGGGGAACCAGACCCGAGCGUUAUGGAUGUUAGUGAUUCCGAAUUUUAA